AUGGCGGCUGUGCCAGCGAAAACGCGAGGCGAGGGCGUGUACAUGUACCUGACGCGUGAUAGCGCUGGGCGCACGCCCCCUCCGGCUUGGGGCACCCCCGUCACUUUCUUCCAGGAUCGCAAUCCGGCAUCACCACCAAAUCCGCCAUGGUUGCCAACGCCAGCAUACCCCGACUUUGAGGAUACGUGCACAUAUCCAAACCCGCCCUCGCCGCCAUCGAAUUGCCGGCUGUCGCUCUCGCCUCAGCAGCAGCUGCUCGACCCGGCCACGUACCUGCAGAGCCUCCGCAGCGCGCAAUCGCCCACGGCCUGGGGCAGACGGUCCAUGGAUUUCCUCUCCAGCUUCAACUUCCGCGACGAGGAACCGGCCAGGCUCGACAGCCAACUGUGCGGCUCCGUCGAGGAGCUGCAGUCGCGGCUGCGGAAUGCCUUUGACGGCAAGGUCAGCGAGACCCGGGCGGAGCGAGUUGCGACACGGCUGGAGCUCGCGGCGUCGGUCGAGCUCACGAUUGGGACUGCGGCGGAGGGGGACGGCGGCCGGGGGCUGGAGGGGCUGAGCAGCAACCUGGAUCCGUCGUUGGGGGGAGCGCCUUCGACGGGCGCCUUCGGGACCGCGGACGGGGGGCAGGCGGGCCGCGUGGUGGUCGUGAGCGAGGCGCUGAUGAACCAGCCGGCCGACGAUCCAGUGCUGCAGCGGUCCAUUGCCAACCAGCUCGUGGCGGGCGUCGGGCAGGUCGACGGGAGCGAGUGGGCGGUGCGCGAGAUGUCGCGGGCGACUCGGGACUGGGUCUUUUCGUAUGUGUGCAAGGGCUCGAUGCAGCAUUGGCAACGACAGCACAAGAGCCAGGCCAAGCCGCUGGUUGCCGACUACUCACAGAGGGAGAUUGACCCUCUGCUCGCAAGUCGGCCUGCGUUUCACUGUCGGGGGUCACUCGUCAUUUCCUUUUCUCGAAAUACUAGGACCAUUUCCAUAGACUAUGACCACAUCCCACUCCAUCGCACAGUCUCUGAGCUCGCGACCCUCUUCAAGCCCCCGCCCCCACGGCGUCCCCUCCCCAACCCAGAGAAGCAGCCCAAGCAGCCAAAAGCGCCCAAGACGCCAAAGCAGCCAGGCUCGUCGAGGAAGAAGAAGAAGGAUGCUGCCGACCAGACACCGGGAGGCGAGGGUGCCAGCAAGCCGAGGAAAUGGAAGCGAAAGACGGACGACGUCGGGGCUGCGGGAGAGCAGUCUCAGUCUCGGGGCGUUGACGGCACUCAGCCGGGAGGGGAUGGUAGCGCUACUGGCCAGCAGCAGAAUGGUCCAGAUGGUCAAGCUGGUCAAGCGGCUGCCCCGAAUUCGGCUGCAGGGCUGCUCAUUAUCAAUGUCUCGCCCGAGGAGGCGGAGCGACGACGAAACGUUGCCAUGCUCAUGCUUCAGGGUGCGGGCGUCGACCCAGAUUCGCUCUCUCCAGAGCAGUUCAACAUCUUUGCGAACCAGUCCCCAGAGCUGCAAAAGGAGUCGCUUAACAUGCUCGUUAAGUAUGGCGCAGAGCGUCUCCGCAUUGUACAUCCUGGGAACAAGGAAGGGUCUGCUCCGCCGUCGGCCUCGAACGCGUCCUCUACCCCUGCGACUCAGAGCAACAUACAAGGGAGCUCGUCUGGCCCCGUCACUACGAAUGAGCUGGUGCUACAGACUUCCACGAAGAAGAGCCGAAAGAAGAAUCAGGCUGCGAAUAACGAUGUCGAAGAAGAGGAGAAUGCCGAUUCAACCGCCAAGAAGUCGAGACGCAAGGGGCCGAGCAAGUCAAGAACUGCCUGUGCUCAGUGUAAACAGCGCAGAGUCAAGUGUCCGAGAGAAUUGCCACUAUGUAGCGGUUGCCGUGAGGCAGGCUUAAUAUGCGAAUAUGCAGCCCCUAAGCCAAAGAAGCAAAAAUCCAACGCCAUCAUCACGACAGAGGAUGAGCAAGAGGAAAACGAAGAAGACGAAACGGGGGUAGAAGAACAGGACGAGCCGCAGCUGGUAGACCAGCAGCUGCAGGAGGAUGCAGAGGGCUACCCUGAUCUGGCCGAUGACUCUGUGGCCGACUGGGAACAUGGCAGUGCUCCGCCGAGCUUUUUCCACACCACGACCAUGGGAGUAUCCGAGGCGGACGCCUCGCAGCCUCCACACCAGACCACCAGCGUUCCGCUAUCGAAUCUCAUCUUGCCCACGGGACGCACGUUUUAUCCCAACAUCUCAACGCCAGAAAUGCAGGAGCAGACGUUGACGCAGCCAGUAGCUCAGGAACCGAGAAAAAAGCCAGCCAAGGCCGCGGCAAAGGGAUCCGGGCGUAACGUGAGGACAGCUCUACCAAACGAAAGCCACAGCUCCUUGCACUCCUCCACAGGAGCCUCAGAAUGGAAUGGCAGCGCCAAUCCCGUCACGCAGGCGGCAGCGGUUGUAGCAGCAGUCGUGACAUCUAUGCAGGACCAACCGCACCGUGAGCCAACCUAUCAGAUGGCAGACUCUAGCCGGAACAAUUCCUGGCGUCCCUCUGCAAUUCCCCAGACACUGGAUCAUGCACAGCAACAGACUGUGGCCGGAGCAUCAGUGCAGCGCACCAAGACGGCAUCGCCGAUGAAUGACAGACCGCGCUCCCGGACGGCCAAGCACCCGAAACAAGGCAUGGUUCACAAGACGUCGCCCGCGAAUGCCUACCAGAGCCCAAACAUGGGGGAUCAGCAUCAACCGCCGCAACAACAACAACAGCAGCAACAGCAACAGCAGCAGAGCACCCACGGAUCAGGGCUGCAGGCGCCGAGCGGCAUGGCUGGCUCGGGGUCGUACAACAGCUACGAUCGGUAUUCCAGCUCCAGAGCACCGGAUACCUCCUCGAGCGAUAGAAUCACGUAUGAGCCGUACUCGUACCAGAGAGACACGACUGGCACUACUUCGUAUACCAGCUAUAACCACAACUCUCACUCGACCUCGACAACGACGACGGCCGCCAACAUGUCCUCGGCGACGAUGUCGUCUGCAGAUCGGACGGGCUCGCAGUCAUACGGCUCCUAUUCGAACCCCCAGUCUCGGAACAUCUCGCACGCCAACCAGACAUCGCAUGUGGGAUCGAGGGGACCUGCACAAGCUCAAGACUAUGGCAACAACAGCUCGGACUUGGGACGCAGCUCCCGACAGACCUUUAACAUGCGACCGGGUCAGAAAUCGAUGAAGCAGGACCGCGGCUAUUCGGCAUAUCCAUCGCAGAUUCAGCACCAGCAACAGCACACUCAACAGCAGCAGCAGCACACCCAGCAGCAGCAUACUCAGCAGCACACGCAGCAAGCGAGCCAGCAUCAGGCGUGGUAUGGCUUCAAUAGCCAGUCUGGAGGCGCCUUUGCGUCGAAUGGUGGGCACGGAUCAAACUACAGCUGGAACAUGCCAGGUGAUUCAUAG